CACACACACACACACACACUCUUCUCCUCCUCUUUCUCCUUUGCUUCAUUAUCAUCAUCAUCAUCAACCUCAUCUUCCACCAACCCAUUUUCAUUCAAGUCCACUGACCCCCGUUUUCUUUCUCUCUCCCAGGAGGUACUGAACCAAACCGUGGUGCUCUCCCUGCCCGAUGUGGUGAAGCUGUCGCGGGCGGGGGAGGGCGCGGCGGGGGUGGGCGAGGUGCAGGCGCUGCUGCUGCUGCUGCUGGGGUGCGCCGUGCAGUCCCAGAGGAAGGAGGACGUGAUCGAUAGCAUAAAGAAACUCGACCUCGACACCCAGCACUGCAUCGUCGAAUGUAUCAAGGAGGUGACGGAGAACCCCGAGGCGGUGUGGCCGGCGGAGUGGUCGCAGGUGGAGACGGUGCCGGAGGAGCAGCAGGGCGACGCGUACGGCCUGCUGGUGCGGCACUGCAGGAGGCUGGCGCAGGAGAGGGACGCCUUGAACCAGGACCUGCUGCGGGCGUUGUGCGGGGAGGGAGAUGAGGAUGACGCCUCCCAGGAGAGCGUCCACCAUCUGGGCGUCCAGCUGGCGGACUGCAAGGCUCAGCUGCGGCGCCUCCGACAAGAAUAUGACGAGAAGGUGGAGACGACGCUGGAGUACAAGGACGAGCUGGACCAGACCAAGACGACGGUGGCGAAGCUUCGGCAGGAGAAUGUCGAGCUAGUCCAGGACGCGCGGGCGGCGAGGGCGUGGCGCGACGAGGCGGACAUCAUGCGGGAGCGAGCCAGCCGCGUGGAGGCGCUGGAGCAGGAGGUGGGGCGUUACAGGGACAAGAUGGCAGACAUUGAGUUCUACAAGACGAGGGUGGAGGAGCUGCGCGAGGACAACAGGAUCCUGGUGGAGACGAAGGAGAUGCUGGAGGAGCAGCUGGCCUCGUCCCGGCGCCGCGCCGAGCAGGUGCUGGACCUUGAGAACGACAUCCUGCAGCUGAAGCAAACCAUCAACCAGAUCACCAUCGAGCGGGAUGCUGACCGUGAGCGGCUGCAGGAGCUGAUGGAGGAGAACGCUCAGCUGCACCUCAGCACCAAGAACUCCCUCAGCGAGUCGGCCACGCUCGUCGCCCAGCUGGACCACCUCAAGUCCCAGCAGCACGUCAACGGCACCACCAUGGGCAAUGAGCUGAUCGGCGACGCACAGACCCGGGUGCUCAAACUGCAGCUGGAGAACCAAAGACUGGAGGCCGAGCUGGAGCAGUUGAAGCGUGACACCUUCCUUGGCUCUGUGGACAAGGUGCUCGAGCUGGAGAAGGAGAACAAGAGACUCUCCCUCAAGGUGAGCCAGCUGCAGGAGACGGGGCAGAAGGAGAAGGUGCACCUGCUGGAGGCCCAGGAGGAGGCGGAGAAGAAGCACCAGGAGACCCAGCGACUGCACCAGACCAUCAACACCGUCAAGACCAACUCACAGCGGCAGAUUGACGAGCUGCAGCAAGAGAACACACAACUCCUGGAGCUGAUCGAGACCCUUCGUGAGAGGCAGAAGAAGACCACAGACACGCGCUUGGUGGAUGUGGAGUCGGAGAACAAGCAGCUGACGGACAUGAACUUCCAGCUACAGAGUCAGGUGUCGCGGCUGGAAUAUGAGAAGCAGCAGCUCAACAGACUGACGGAGCGCCUCAGGGAGUCUGCCGAUAAGCUGUCCGAGGUGGAGCACCAGAAGACAGAGAUUGAGAGGGAGAACAGAGACCUGCACAAGACCAUCACAGCCCUGCGGGAGAGCUGUGAGCGGCACGAGAACAUGGAGCAGGACUACACCAGCCUGGAGGUGGAGUACUCUCGGGUCACCAAGAUGCUCGCCAACAUGAAGGAGACGGUGGCCAAGCUGGAGAGUGCCCAAAGCGACAAGUUACAGAUGCAGUCCGAGGUGGAGCGACUGAACCGCUCCAUGGACAGCCUCAAGUCGUCCUCGGUGCGCUUUGCUGACCUGGAGAUGGAGAAGGAGACACAGCUGCAGCAGAUCAACCUCCUCCAGAAGCAGCUCACCUCCAUGAAGGCCGAGAGGAGCAGGGCGGAGCAGCUGGAGCUCGACCUCUUGACGGCCAACAACGAGGUGCAGAAGAAGAACAGGUCCAUCGAGAACAUCCAGAAGAAGCUCUCGGAGACGGAGAAGGACAAGACGGAGCUGGAGAACGAGAACACAAAGUUGCACAGGACGGUGGAGACCCUGAAGCUGUCCACCAAGAAGUUGAACGAACUGGAGAGAGACCUGACGGAGAUGGAGGGAACCAACGAUCGUCUUGACAGAGAGAAUCGUUCCCUGCAGAAGGAAGUCUCACGGUUGCGUAACGCCAUGGAGGUGAAGGACGGACUCAUUGACGAGGGGGCGAGCAAAACGUCCACACUGGAGCGCGACAUCAAGCGGCUCAACAAGGAGGUGGAGCAGCUGAGAGGCAGUGACAACAGAGUGCGAGAAGUUGAAAAGGAGAAGCGGGAACUUGAGCAACAGAUUAUUACUGAACGCAAGACUCUCAACUGCCUGAGGGAAGAUUUAGUCUCGGAGAAGGUGAAGACGCAGCAACUCACCAACCAGCUGGACACCUUCACCGCAGACCUCUCCAAGCUGGGCCUCAACGCCAACAACCUCUCUCCACCAAACUCCGACAGCGACUCAGACCGCUACAAGGCCCUGGAGUCCAUGUUGGAGGAGACCCUGAAGAGGAGCGUGGAGGUGCGGGAGGAGAAGAUCGCGUCGUUGGAGUCCCGCCUCGCCGAGUCCGUCAACAGGAACAAGGAGUUGAGGAAGCAGCUGCUGGAGGUUAAGAGUGAGCUGGAGUCCCUGCGGCAGAGGCACCAGGAGGAGGGGGCCAGCCUGAGCGAGGACGUGUCCCGGGAGGUGGCCAAGCUGAGGGAAUCUGUCUACCGCACCAACGAAGAGAAAGUGAGCCUUGAGAACGAGAUCACAGAACUGAAGAGCCAGACGGCCAGUUAUCGGGAGCAGGUGUGUGCCUUGCAGUCGCAGGUCACCUCCCUCUCCAACCAGAACACCGUCAUGUCCCAGCACAACGCUAAGCUACAAGGGGAGAACGCGCGCCUGCAGGUGGAGAACACGACGCUGCAGUCCCAGUCCGCCUCACUCAUCGCACAGAACUCGGCCCUCCAGUCCACCGCCACGCAGAUGGAUGCUGAGAAGGACAAGGUGCGGCGGUCCUGUGACGAGCGUGGCAGCCGCCUCAACCAGCUGGUGUCCGACCACGAGGCGAUGCAGCGACUCCACCAACAGCUGACCCGCGAGUACGACAGCUUGGUGCUCGAACACAACAACCUCAAGAGUGAAUACAAGACCCUCAAGAUGGAGAACAAGGAGCUCAAGGAGCACCAGAACAACAUGUCCGCCAGUGAAGAUGACCUCCUUAAGCUCCGGGAAGUGCUGGAGUCCGAGAUGUCCAAACUCAAGUCUGAUUCCACCACGCUGGCCAACCUGCGCGGCGAACACUCCCGGCUCAAGGAUGACUUCCGCAGCCUCUUCUCUGCCAACGAAAAGCUGAGAACAGAGUACAAGUCCCUGCAGGGUGACUACAAGAGCAUCAAGACAGAGAACAACACCGUGAAGCUCAAACUGACGGAGCUGAAUGGCGAGCUCAACGAGGCGCGAGACCAGAUGGCGGCGCUGGACGUGGAGGUGUCCAAACUGACCAACAAGUGCCAGGUGCUCCAGACGCUGAACAUGACCCUGGAGGAGGACCGGCGCUCCCUCAUGUCCCAGGUGUCGCUGCUGCUCACCCAGUACCACGACCUCCUCACCCAGACCCUCGAGGACAAGCAGCACUUCCACCAGGAGGAGAAGAACUUCACUGACAAGUUGAACAACCUUCGCCGAGGCAAGGAGAAGCUGGAGGAGAAGAUCAUGGAGCAGUACCGCCGCAUGGACAACUCACCGUCCAAGAAGUUAUCCCCGGGCUGUGUGCCGUACUCGAAAGGCUUUGGCGUGAACCUGGUGCGGCGUGUGCGACGAGCCGGCACUGAGCUGAUCAACAAGGUGCCACGGAGUGGGCGGUCGAGAUCUCGGGGGCGUGAGGAAGGCGGGGAAAGUCCAGACUCCUCCUCCUUGGGCUCCUCCUCCCACGCCAACGACUCCAUGGACUCUGGCUCCGAGACGCGCCGCUCCUCCCCCAACCUCCCCCCGUCCCCCUCGCACGACGGGGAGCUGGGGGACCAGAGGACGCUGAAGGACACACAGACGCCCAACAACCACAGGAAGAGUCUGCCGCCCUCCAUCAGCGACAUCUUUGCCUCACAGAUCCUCAGGGGUUCGGUGUCUUCUGAGGACGUGGUGAGCCUGAGGUCUGGCGACGUGAGUGACGGACACCACGAAGACUCCCUCUCCACCGUCACCGCUGGCAGCAGCAGCGCAGAGCUCCGCCGCGCUGGCUCUCGUCGGCCCGUCUACCUCACCGAAGACUCUGACUCUGUGGCGGCGCGGGACGGGGUGCCGGAGCCCUCCCCAGACAACCAGAACCGCGGCCGCUCCUCCACCCGCAGCUCGUCCUCCCUGAGCCAGCAGGUGACCAACAGGAGCUUCAGCAGCAUCCAUAGCAGCCUGCCAGCUUCCCGGGCCCCAACCCCUGCAGGAGGCACCCCCAAGGCCUCCACACCAAAGAUAGGCUUGAGGAAGGACCGCCCCUCCGACGACAGCAGCGCCCCGGCCACUCCGCGCCUGCCUCCCCGGGGCGACCACAUCACAAGCGCCCCGCAAGUCCCCCCCCGGGCCAGGCGAGGAUCCACCGUCAUCGCCCCAGACUCUCCCGUUUCUAGUCAGCCCACCCCCCCAGACCUCUCCGAGCCCAAACCCCCCAAGCCGCCCCCACGGCCGCCCCCAAACGAGGACACGCCACUCAAGACAGGGAAGGACAUCGUUGAUAACUCCAUCUGGUAUGAGUACGGAUGUGUCUAGGGGCGGCCUGGGUGGAGACUGGUGGCGGAGAGUUAAUGGAGAGUGGUGGCAGAGUACUAGCGGAGAGUGGCGGCAGGAGAGUCAAGAGCGUUAUCAGCAGAAAACUGAUCCAAUCCCUUCUGCUGUGAGCGGGUCUCUGGGAAGCCAUGUCUCUGAGGCUGUAACAGUCACACCAGACAGGCCCUGAUACAUCUCCAUCCUGUGAGCUGAACAUAACUUGCAACACAUAUGGACUAAUAUUGGAGAAACUAAUGGAAAAGGUGUUUAGGGAUACACUAUUACACAGUUUUCUUCAUUUGAUCACCUUCACAACCUUCUCUGAUCAUGUCACUAGAGGUGUUACAUUGUUUGUACAUUGCAAACAAAUGUACAACCACACAAGGGAUAAAUUAACCUAGUCUUGGAAGCCUUGUCGUUUUUACUUACACCGGUAUCGGAAAUAUAAUGACCAUAUUGCAAUCUUGUUCAAAAGGCAGUUUCAUGUAAAGCUGACUUCCAAGAUUUUCAUACAUUCAGUUGCAUAAUAAAUUGAACUCCUUUGAAGUAAAUAGAUAUAAAGACGAUGUUGGUACAGGAGUACAUAAAAAUAAUAUCAAGAAGACAAGCACACAAACACACACAGAAAGACCAAAGACUCCCCCUCAUUCCACUAAUACAUCAGUUUAAUGUGUCUGGUGCCAAUCUCCCUUGACAAAUGUAUAUAAUUUGACUACCACCAGUCUACACCCUUACUCAGAUACACUAAUACCCACUCAUUUACUAAGACAUCUCAAACCUAUACAAACAAGGGAAAAAUGUGUUUAUGGGUGUCAUACAUGUCACACACACAGAGGAAAUGAAGGGCCUGCCGGGAGUUGACUUCAGCCUCGGGGCAUUACCAAGCUUUUCCUCACUAUACCAGCUGGCCGAACCCUCAAGUCAGCGGCCAGUCACUUGUCACUAGAUGUUAGCAUGUUUCUCAAAGCAGUUUACCUUCCUGUGUAUCAGCUGUUGUAUAUGACACUUAUAAAUGACUAUAAACUCACUUCACCAAGGCUUAGCAUACUCCUACGAUGAUGAACCUUCGUGUCAUUCGUACUAUUAUGUCUGAAGAGUAGUUACAAUAAAAAGGCUGCUUCGAUGAUAUACUCCAUGGCAAUUCCUUAGUCUCCGGUAGUAAGCGAUUCAUGGUACUGUAUUAAGAGAAAGGCGAAUGCUGUAAAUGGUGGUGUGUAUGUAUUGGUGUACGUACGUCACUUUACGCCGAGUAUAAAAAUGUAGUGCAUCGGAUUCCUGGCAGAUCUCAGCUUUGCGUGGGUGAGGGCCAUCGGUGUGUUUGGCUGACCUUGUACUGUAAGGAAGACAUGUGGUAGUGACGGCUUGUUUAGUAGUCCUUCAAUGGUUCCAGUUUCCCUUCAUGAAGUGUAGCACUAUGUAUAUUUUCCUUGUGAAGGCAGGGGUCUCAUAUUUGGUCCUAAGGCUGAGAUUGAUUACGAAAGUAAUCACAAAAUAUUAUCAUUAACUGUCCAAAUCUCCCUUGAACCAAGUUAGGUUUUCAGGAAGAUUAUCAGGAAUCAAGAAAAGAAAUAGGCAGUGAUAUUAAUUUGUUAAAUGAUUAUAAGUGAAAUGUAACCCUGCAUUAAUCAGCUUGCUAUCCAAAUGUUAUAAUUACCAUGAAUUUUAAGUCAAAUCUCUUGAGUUCAAUAAUGGAAUCAUGAUGUAGUGAAAGUAAUAGAAUCUAUAAGACAUUGUGCUUAAAGAAUUCAUGUUGAUUAUUUAUUAUGAGUAAAGGAAAUUCAGAAGAGUUUAAUAUAACAAGAAAAGUUCCAGACUUGACAAUAAGCAGUAUCCAGCCUCUCCCCACAUGUUCUGAUUGGAGUCGCCUCCGUGUUAGCGCCAAUCCUGUGUUCCUUAGUAGCUCCGCGCCUCCUUGGUUCAGUUUGGCAAGUUGUGUAAGUUGAAUAUCCUUGAUGGCCCUCGUUGCAGAGAGAUUAAGUUAUUAACGCUGCACCAGGUUUUUACAGACUGUGAAUUAUUUGUAUAUACAUUUCAAAGCACAAAGAAUUCUUUGUACAUACAUCCAUUUAGUUUUUUAUUGAAGUUUUUAUGUGAGCCAACCAGUGAUUUUUCUACAUUUUUGUAGAAAAAUCUUAUUGGCUGUAAAUGUACCUUGUAAUUUAAUUAUCAAACAUUUUCAUUUCAUUUCAAUGCAUUAUGUUCAUCAGGCAAAGUCAAAAUAGUCAUUCAUCCUUGAUUUAGAGACUUCCUAAUUGUAAAAACCUUGAUGAUUCUUGGAUUGGGAGAAAACUAUAUGGUUUGGUAGCAGCCAAACCAACAUAAUGAUUAACAUGAAUAUAUUCCUCUGCUCUUUGUACUGAUCUCUUAAGUCACGUCAUGUUAUUCCCUAUGUAAAAUAUCCAUGCUGUCUUUUUUUCAAUAAGCUUAAUGCAGUAUCAAAAGUCAA